AUGAGUGGUGGCGGAUCAGAUGGAUACCCUUCUACAGCUGAACGCCUGGAGCUCUUUAUAAGGCGCUAUGCCGUCACGAAUGACAAGGUCGCGAGGCAUUUGGGCUGGUCCAGCGACCAAUUGGACGCGUAUUUUUCAUUCAAGACACGGCGCACCAAAGCGUCAAUUGACAUUGCAGACACGGCUGUGGAUAAACUGCUGAUGAGGUAUCGCGUAGCACUGGCACAUCAGACGCUCAAGAGUGUGACGACCAAGCCUCUUAUGCCUUUCAACGGCAGUAGUAGAAGAUCUAUGGCACCUUUACAGUGUGGACGCAGUGUGGAAGACAGAAGAAGCAUUAUUCAUGCUGACGUGAAACCUGCACAAUUGGAGAAUGAAGUGGCAGAGGUGCCGCGUAGAUCUGCAGUCAAUAGAAAGCGGAAGCGACGGGUCGUUAUGAUGCCUUUGGAUGCGCCGGCUGCCGAAUUGAAGGCGGCAUUGCUUGAGAAAAGGGGCAAGAAUUUGGCGGAUGUAAAGUUGACGGCAGGUCGACUACAUGCGCGAACUAUGCGGCAGAUGGUGAAGGUGGAAUCUAUCUGCCCGAUUCGCAUAGACGUCAACCUAAACGGCAUACGGUUUCAGGAUACACUUCUUGUUGAUGCCGCACUGGCAACGUGCACACCCGAAUCCCUUGCAGCCCGAAUCGCUGACGAUGAAAAGAUGAGCGACAAGUUUAAAGAUGUUAUUGCCGAGUCGAUUCGGCGGCAAGUUUUGGUGUUUACCACGUGCUUGAGCAUUCAGCAGGCCAGUGAUCGUCUUUUUCCGAUGUAUUUGAAUCUUAUCAUUGACGGGUUCUCGCUUCGCGAUCAAUUCGAAUGGGACAUUUCCAACGACCUUGCUGCCGCACAGACAUUCGCUCGGACGCUACGUGCAGACAUGAAUUUGCCACAUCCAUUUGAGCCAGCCAUUGUUUUCUCGAUCGUCGAGCAGGUGGCGGCUUAUCGUAUCGUAUUAAGUGGGCGCAGGUGGAUUGGCAAAAGUCUACAUUGUGUGAAAGAAUCCGGCGCUGCGCUGCCAAAAUGCAGUGCAGGGUAUAUUGAAACGAUGUCCACCCUGGACAAUGUCGUGCGUGACAUAAAUGACGCCAAGCUGUGGCAACCUAUAUUGAGUGAGCUCUCCAGUGAAGAGAGGACAUAUUUAUCCGCCAAAUCUACGGCAGUCCGAGCCCGAACAACACGAAGAAGGACGCCAAUGCAAACGAACGGGCAAUCAAACCGACCUAAUCGGCCUGUGUACAAAGAAACGCGCCUUCCACGACCACUCAACCCUUUCAUUGUGUAUUGCCAAAUGCAGAAGGGAGUUUUGGGAAAGACACGUCGAUCAGCGUCUGAGAUGAGAAAGAUUAUGGGUGACAUGUGGCGCAGAUGUUCAGACGAAGAAAAAGAGUAUUAUGCGCAUGUGACGGAGGCUGAAAACGAAAAGAGGCGUCGGGAUUACAUUCUAGAUAUACGAGACCGAGCGAUCGCCGAAUGGGAAGAGGACGAAGCUCGUCGGAAAGGACUGUUGGCUUCCACCACACUCGAUGCAUCCACAGACCACUUUCGCGGUCUCCUGCUUGCAAAUUACAUGAGCGAGCGACACGAAGUAGAUAUGAAUAGACUAGAGACAGCAGCUGAAAUUGUCGAAGAGGAGGACGAGGACGAACUGUUAUGA